UGGACUUAUAAUAGUACUUCAAAAGAAAUGUGUUCCACCUGUUUGGUUCUUCAGUGUAUUUGAAAAUGUAGCAAGAAAUGAAGUGACUCCCAAUGCAAUACUGGUGGCGGGAUUUACAAAGUCCCAGCGUAUAUAAGUCGAGUAGUACGGCUUCGGAGGUGUUGUUGGUAAACAAACGUCGAAGAAACAACUGAAGCUCACAAAAAGUAGUUUUUUCUGUUAAAAAAAAAAUCUUUUAGUGUAAUAAGUUUGUUUUUUGCUCUAGUAAAAAAAAAUUGUAUCAAAAUGAAAAAUCUGGUGAUUUUUAUUGCACUCACGACUAUCGUUGUGGUUCAAAGUCAACAGUAUACAACACCAGUACCAAUUUUAAAACAGAUCAACCGUCACAAUGAGGAUGGUUCUUACAGCUUUGGCUAUGAAGCGGCCGAUGGUAGUUUCAAGAUCGAGACUAAGCAUCCAAAUGGGGAGGUUUUCGGCAAAUAUGGAUACGUUGAUGCAGCAGGAAAGCUGAGAGAAAUUUCUUAUGGAGCUAGCAAGAGAGGUUUUGAGCCAGAAGGUACUGACAUUAAUGUGCCACCACCGACUCUGGACAACAACCCCGAAGCCAUCAGACCACUUGGGCCAAAUGAAGAGGACGAUGGACAGUACAGGGAAGACCCCAGUGUCUACUACAAGGAUGAGAAGUACAAUGCCCCAAUCAGGCCUCAGGCUGUAUCGAACCAUGGCUUCAACUACAACCCCAGUCCCAAUCAGUACUACAACCAGAAUGCCGUUCAGGAUCAAGCUCCGGUUUAUCAACAACCACAGCACAGAUUCAACUACCCGCAGCAGAGCUACUAUCAACCACAGUCUCAUGGAAGGUAUCAGGCCCAUCCAGCUGCCACCCACUUCGACAUCAACACAGGAUCUUACACACUCCAAUACACAGGCUAGAACCUACCCCCUACCCCCUAGGCCCCCCCUAUCCCAAAUUCCCAAAAGAAUACCAAAAGCCAAUUGCACUCUGCACUUUGAACUGUCAAUGCUCUCUUAUCUUCCUACUCAUCCAUCAAAUGCAAGUGCUCUCAAAAUGCUCUUUAAGUCAAAGACGAAAAAAAUAAAGUACUGUGUUAAGAUUUUUACUA